AUGGCCGACCAUUCGUCUCUGCCGUCGGUGAACAAUGUUAAGGCAAGGUUUGAGCAGAUGGCGGCUGCUGAGGCCGAUUUGGCUCCGGGUCGGUCGCUGAAGUACAGUUUGUCCAUGCCCGUCGGCUCCUCGUCGGCCAGGAAUGAUGCUGGCAAUAUUAAAGCUGAUGCUGCUGAUGCGAGGUCAAAAAGUGUGUCAGUAGUACCUGAUAACAGUAUUCAGGCUGCUGCUGUUGCUGCUCCUUUGCCGAAGAAACUGCCGCCAGGUGCUCCUCCUAAACCGGCGAGACUCAGUUCUCAGCACAAACGCAUUUCGAGUGUGGGUGUGUCUCAGUCGGCAUCUCAGUCAGCGUCUCAGCCAGCUGUAUUAGCAGCAGCUCAGUCUGGCGUUGGUCUUGGUCUGGUUUCUGCUCCUGGCGUUCCUGCAACCCCAUCUGCUCCUUCUGCUGCUACUCCUGAUCCUUCUGCUGCUACUGAAGAAAUACAACAAAAUACUGUGAACAGGCAACAGUCUCAACAUGCUCGAACCCCCUCGUCUCUGCUAAUGCCUCCUCCAGCAUCAACUUCAAGAACUAGGGAGGGUUCAGUGACUCCACCAAUACCACCUCCUCCUCGAAUAAGAACACCAGUGGAUUUUGAGAAGUCUCCUUCGCAGAAUAUGACAAGGAGUCCUAUUAGAACCCCUCCUACUCCUCCUUUACCGAGAUCACGCACUCCUAUUGAGAAUCUUAGUCUUGCACCGCAUUCUCAUGGCCAUGGUCCUGCAUUCGGACUACGGUCUCCUUCACAACCAUCUAUAAAUACACCUCCAAUGCUACCUCCAAGGCCAUCGGCACAUCACAGUAUAGCGGGAAUUGAAACCAGCAGCCAAAAUUUACCCAGCAUCUCACAUUCACCUGCCAGUCCUGUUGCCCCUACUACGCCCAUAUCAGGUAUUUCUGUUUCCAGUACGCCAGUUCCUCCUCCAGUACCACCUGUACCACCACAUUCUAUAAAGCAAGUUGCAUCACAUCAGCACUCUUCGUUACAUCAUCUCGACAAUCCAUCACAUCCAGUUUCGCAACCAGUUCCUGAGACAAAUAACUCCAGUCAUGCUGCUGCUGGAGUUUCGGCUACUGUACCACCUACUACACCUUAUUCUCAUAUCAACAAUUCACUUCAGCAAUUUCAUAUUAAUGGUGGUAACGAUCCUUCUGCGUCAUAUCCCAAUAUAGCCCUUCAACAGACCAACUUUACCCCUCCAAUUCUUCCUCCUCGUCCUGUAAGAAGCGUGUCUCCACAGACUGCACUUGGCCAAUCGCCAUCUCUGUCUGAAUCUUUCUCGGCUACUACUACUUUGCAUCCACCUGCCUUGUCAGUUGCAACUACUCCUUCGACUCCGGCAAUGAACCCAUCUCUUCCACCAGCAAAUUUAUUCCCUCCACCACCUCAAACACAAAUUACCCAACAUCUACCCACUCCAAUAGUUCCAGCUGCUUCUGCUGUUCCAACCCCGUCAACAGCCCCGGCCCCAACUUCGACACCCAUAUCUGACUCUGAUAACGAAACUGAGCUAUAUUCUAACCCCAAUACCAGCAAUACCAGUUUGGCUGCUGGUUCUGAAUACGCAUAUUACAGCUUUCCAGACUCAUCACAAGCCAGUAGAAGACCACCUAUUUUCGAAGGUGUUUUACAUUCGAUUCAAUUGUCAUCGAAGAAAGAAGAGGGCAAGAAGACGAUCUCGACCUUUGGCAAACAUGCCUGUGUUUCGGGAGGGUCUACUACUUGCAUUUAUGAUACCCAAACUGGUGGUCAGAUAUGGUCACUGUCUCAUUCUGAAGUACGCAUUACUUCAAUAGGAUAUAAGUCGGAUGACGGGCAUACGUUUUGGCUCGGAACAAAAGACGGUCAGAUCUGGGAAAUUUCCCUGACUGAUAUUCCAGGCACGAUUCCUAAUAAACGAGCCAACACCCAUCUCAAUUCGAUAAUACUCAUUUACAAAAACGAGCAAACGAAUGAGAUGUGGACAUUGAGUGAAGAUGGAAAAUUGUGUGUCUGGAGUGAGUGUGAUCUGUUCAAGACACCCAAGACGUUUCGAGUGACACCUAAUUUCAAAGCAGUAGGAGUAGCAGGCUCUACUCUGUGGGUCGGUCGCAAUCGCCAGAUAUUUGUCUACCAACCCAGUUCACAAGCAAAUGUACCAUUCCUGUUGACAGCCAGACCAAUACAAGCGAGUGCUCCUGUAACACCAGCUGCUGGUGGACUCCAACCAUCACCUUCAUCUGCAUCGCUGUCUAGCAUGAAUGGAUACAAACCUCCACCAGCAAACGGAACCACCGCCUCUUCCAACUCCAACAAUCUCAUCGGGGAUUUCACAUGUGCCGCGAAUGUCGGCAGCAUCCCCGACCAUAUGUUUUUCGGCCACGACAACGGCUGUAUCUCCGUCUACUCGGUCAGCCAGCUUGCAUUCAUUGACGCCGUCUCAGUGUCAAUGAACAAAAUCAGUUCCAUGUGCGGAGUCGGUGACAACCUUUGGAUCGGUCUAAAAACAGGCACAAUCCUCGUUUGCGAUGCCAAAACCACCCCCUGGACGGUCCGCAAAGAGUGGAAAGCACACGACACAGCCGUCGCCAGCAUCGCCUGUUUCGACGACCUCGACAUCUCCCAAGUCGAGGGCAUGCUUCCCGUCAUCAGCACCUCUCUCGCUGAAACUAGCGUGGCCCUCUGGGACGGGCUCCUCAAACACGACUGGAUAGGUAAGUUCACGGGCCCUCUUGCCUCCGGCGGCUGGGGCUCCGCCCCAGACCCUGGUUGUGCUCCGCUUCGCGGAGCGGCUGGGACCGUCGACGAAAGAAACGACUCGAGCGCAGCGAGAGGAGCAGCGGGGUCUGGGGCGGAGCCCCAGCCGCCGGAGGCAGAAUCCCCCCUACGAAGUACUAACAGGAGCAGAAAUGGAUUUACAGGUGCACGAUCGCGAGUUCAGUGUUCCUAG